UUAAUUUUUCGGAUAUUUUCAUGAAUAUUGUAUACAUGUUUUGUUUUUAAUUUGAUUUUAAGCAAGUUUACUUCCUUUUAAAAAACUCUAGACUGCUUUAACUGUGUUUGUUCAAAGUUGCCAAUGGAGAGGAAACAUGCUGAACAUCAACUCCCUUUUAUGUAUAGUUCAUCUUGUAUUGCCUGAAAUAGUUUCUCCAGGAUUGUCCAUGAGACUUUUUUUUGCACACCACUGAAGCAUUGAGUGUCAGUUUCCUGAUACAUGUAGCCAUGUGCACAGUUGAUUGUGAGUACUGUCUGUGGCAUCAUGUCCAAAAAAGAGGCAGACAGAAUAGAAUUCAUGUCAUUUUAUUAGAAUUCAAGCAUUGUAUCUGUUCGAGUAACUGCCAUUGAUCUGAGAUGGCCCCGAUUCUUGCCCAUGGCAGCUGCAAUCCGGUUCGUAAGUGUGAUGGUACUUCAGUUUAAACCACGCCCACUGCACAUCAGAGUCACGUGGAACUGGAAGUUAAUGCGCAACUUGUCUAUUCAUCCAGCUGUAGCGUAGAAUUCAUGGUGCAUGCAUGUGUAUGACAAAGUCACAAACCGGAUAGAGCCUGCUCCAAAAGCAAGCAAUUCUGCUUGUGUGACAUCCAACCAUGAACCGCUACUAUGGUGGAAAUCCUGGCCUCGGCUUCAACCAUAUGGGCUUCAACCGCUUUGCCGCCCCACGGCAUAUGUCCACCAUCAGCAACAACACCAACAGCAACGACCCCAAGUCCAGGGAGUCCCGUCUCUUUGUGGGCAACUUGAACCCGGAAGGGAUGACACAGGACAAGCUGGAGGAGAUAUUUGGGCGCCACGGGCAAAUCGUCGGUAUCUCGGUGCACAAGGGCUACGCCUUCAUCCAGUAUGCCACAAAAGAGGAGGCCCGAAAUGCUUGCAGAUUGGAGCAAGGGAGGGUCAUCAACUUUCAGCCCAUGGAUAUAAACAUAGUUGCAGAUCCAAAUCCAAACCGUGGAAAAGGCUUCAAAAGGGUGCAGAAUCCGGCCUAUUACAACGGCAGUGGGUAUGUCGAUCCAGCUACUCUGCCCCUCAUUCCAGCGGCCAGCCAGGCCGGACCCCCAGCUGCAAAGAAGGUACGACGCUUCAUGGAACACACCCAGAUGGAUGCUGAAGGAGAUGAGCCAUCCUCUUGGACUUGUGCAUACUGUAAGGAGGAGAGCCCAACUUGCUGGAGCCUGGUCAAGCACGUUGCCAGCACCCACCAGACACGUAUCUACAUGGAGGACUCGGAAAAAGUCUCCGCUUAAGAGAGCAUCAUUUCCGCACUAUGCUGCAGGAGUUUACUUGUAGCAGAUGAGCACAGGGAUAUGCUGAAUGGUUUAAAAGCCCUGGAAAAAGUUUAGUGAUCAGAAACACAGCUAGAAUGUGUUGUGAUUUUUGGGUUUUUUUUUUACUUUUUUGUGUUAGCUGUGAAAUUUGGGUUGGCAAAGUCUGUGCUUAGCAGCUGCAUGGGAUUGGCCCUUAACCUUUUACCCAGCUCCCCUUGACCCAAUGUCAUGGCACUCCGAACCAAAAAGUUCUGCUCUUACAAUCAGCAUUCUGUGCUUGAGUAAGCAUAGAAUCUUUUAGCUUUAACAAUUUGUGUAUGCAUGUAACAGUAAUUUACUCGUUACCCUGUGAAAUACGCUAACCGCUAACACAGAACAUUCUGCUAUGGUUGACAAAGCUUGUUUGCUUAUAGUAAGCAGGGCCAUGAAAUUUGGUUCCUUUGAAAGAGGCCACUGUCCCACCAGUGAAGUGCUUCACUGGAGAUUUUUGAGACAUUUGUUGGUGGCAAGCAUACUGGUCCUUUCUACUGGGUAAAUGUACCCGUGCUCAGAAUGAUACAAACUAUACCUGGUAUGCGAGACCAUCAAGAUUCUCAAAAGUCUCUGUGUGUGCACAUUACUUUAGACAUGUCAAAUGCCAUUCCUACUUAUUUAUAACCUGAUUUAACAAACUUCUUAUUUCCUUGUUUGACAGUCAUGUACAUGUAAUUCCUCUAGUGGUCCAGUGGAUGUCUCUCUAAUUAUGUUUGUGUAAUAUUUUGUUUUACUUUCUCUCUGCCAGUUUUCUAGAUUGCAUGUGAAAAAUUGUCUCAGAAGUUGUCAAUUAUGUGUGACUUCGAAGAACAAACUCAGCAUCACUUUGCUAUUACUGCAAGUCUCCUGUGCAUUUUCCAAUUUUCAUUGUUGAUGAGAUAUUUGUCACUUUUUUACAAGUGUAUUUUCAGUCUGGUUAGUAGUUAGGCCUACAGAUAAAGUUAUGGCCUUACUGUGUAAAAUGAAAAAGGCCUGAAAACACAUUCAUAAAAGGGCGCACUAAACUCUUGUGAAUAUUCCUUGCUUUGUUUAUUUUAGCGCGGAGGGAUUGUGUUUAGAUGUGCGACAGUACUGUACAAAUAAAAUCAUGUGGUUUUUUUGGGGGGUGGGGGGGAGUACUGUAACGUUCCAGUCCCAAAAUGUUUAGUAGUCUGAAAUGAUUUUCAGGACAACACAAUGAUGAUUUAAGCAAGGAAUUGUUUUCCAUGUGCCUCUGGACUGGUUUGAACGAUGACUAUAUUUUUGUUUUACCAACUUAUUAGGGGACACAAGGCGCUACUUAUUAUCCACAAACUUUCCUUUCUUUAGGAGUAUACAGCUCGAUGCUGCUGUUUUUAGGCUUAAAUGGCUAGUCACACAAAACAAUCAUCUCUACCCUCACAGGUGGCCAUUUAUACCCCUGGGAGAGGCAAGUAGCAGUAAGGUGACCUGCCCAAGGUCACAACAUGUAAUCAGCAGCUGGAUUCGAACCCUGACCAAGUCUUCUUGAGUCACAAAGCCUAACCACACACCUCCAUAGUACCUUGGUUCCAUUACAGACAAGGUGUACUCUUUGUCAUCUGUCUGAAUUGAUGUGUGAAAAAAGGAAUCUUUGUUCUCAUUGUAUCAUACCAUACUCAAAUUGUAGCGUUGGAAUGUUUGCAAAUUAUCUAAUGGAGCAGAAUAGCUAUAUUAUGUUGGGUGAUUACAGCAGCACAACUGCAUGCUUGAAGUACACAAAUGCACGCACAUAAGCAGUUAGAGUAUUGAGGAACACGGUGCAUAGGAGAACUCACAUGGGAUACUUAGCCAGAAGCAUGUACAUGUAUAUUUUUUCAAAGUGAGAAGUUGGUGUCAGUAUGAAUAUUUUGUCAGGGGUUUAACAAAAAUCAGGCAUGGCUUUAAACUGAGAAAUGUAUAAAAGGAAACAUUCUUGGAACAUAACAAAGUCAUAUGACUUGAUUUUUAGGUGUUGGGAAGGUGUGUGAGACAGUGGAAAAGUGCCACUUACCAAAUAGAAGGGGGAGGGUUGGGGUUAAGUUUAGGGGGGCAUUUGGUAAUGUAUAUUACUCUCCAGCACACAUCCAGAAGAAAUUUUGUGAGCUUAAGUCAUUUUCAUUUUAAAUGAAUAAAUUCACAACUUGUGAGUUAAAAUAUUAGUCUAA